AAUGGAGUUUAUUGGCCGAGAAGAGUCAGAUGAUGACUUUGAUGAUGUUCCAUUCUCAAAGUUUAAUGUUGAUAGAGUUGGAUCUUCUGGUGUACAGAAGGAGUUUACUGGUGGGUUUGAUGUCGAUGGUGUGAUGCGUAAGAUGAAGGAGUUUAUUUCUAGGCAAAAGAAGACUGAUGAGUCUAUUGAAGUAUUGAAUAAUGUGUUGGAGGGUAGAUUCAAGGAGUUGCAGUUAAGUCUUCAGUCGUAUAUUAACUCAAAGAUCAGCGAAGGCUUGGUUUUUUUUAUGGAAUUGAAGUUUAAUGAGUUGAAGGAAGCUAUUGAAAAUGCAAAAAUUUCUAAAGAUGGAAAUGAUAGUCCUGAUGAGAGCGAUGGCAAGAAUGAUGAUUUAAAUGAUGUUGAAGUUUUUGAUGUGAAAAGUCAAGAUGCAAUUGAAACUGUUGGACUCGAUGAGAAUAUCCAAUAUACUCAGGUUUUUAAUGAUGAUGCUCCUUCAUUUGAUAUUAUGAGUUUUAUUUCUAGUAAACCUGAUUGGUUUACUGAAGAAAAAAAGAAUACUGAUAAAUUGAAUGAUGAAGAACAGGUUGUUGAUGAUCAUGGCCUAUUUAAGGAUGUUGUUAAAAAAUCUAAGGAGGAUGAAGAUGAUGGUGGUGAUGACCAGGGUUUGGGGGGUGGUGAUGCUGUUAAAGCUAUUGGUUCAGAUGGGACAAAUAAAGACAAUGUUGAGGGAAAGAAUACUGAAGAAGCAAAAGAUGUUGCAGAUGGGAGUAAUAAAGAUAAUGUUGAGGGCAGAGCAGUUGAUGUAGAUGCAAGUGUAAAUGAUGUUGAAGGUGUUUGUAGUAAGGGAAAGUUGUUUGAUAGUCAAGGCACUGAGGAUAGUAUCACUGUGUCUGCUUUGGAGAUUAUAAAUGAAAAGAUUGAUGCCUAUGAGGGAAGCAUUAAAAAGGUUUGUCAUUUUUUGUUUACUGUAUACUUUUUUGUUUAUUCAGUUUAUUUUAUAUUUUGAAUCAUUUUGUCAUGUUUAAUUAUUUUUAUUUUUUGUUUUUAGGACAAGUCUUUAAAUAAAUUAGAGGCAACAAAUGCUGAUGUUUUAUCUACCUAUGGGUUGGACAAGGUUUGUUUACUUUUUUUUUUUUAAUUCUUGAUUAUGUUCUGAGUAUUGAUUUUUGGUUUAAUAUGUUUACAUAUUUUUUGUUUUUUUUUUUGCAUGAUAUUUUAAGACUGAUGUUGUUGGUGUUGAGAAGAAGCAUGGUUCUGAAGAAAGCUUUUCUGUAUCUACCAUGGACGUUGUUAAUGAUCAUUUGGUUUCCUAUGAAGACAGUUUGAAAAAGGUUUAUUUUUAUUUUGUUUAUGUUAUUUGGUAGUUUAUUUUUUUUUUCUUUUCACUUACUUUUUUUUUUUAUUUGUUUGUAAUUGUUUUGAAUGCUAGGGAAAGUCUAUAAAAUUGGAGGAAGAAACUCCUACAGUUGGAAAUAGAGAGAGGAAACCUAGUUCUGUAUACAACAGUCCGUAUGCCACAGAAUUUGGUUCAGGUAGUAUUGGUAAACCAAAAGGUGGACGUCCUGGAUCAUGUGCUUUUGGAUUUGGCUUUUUCAAUGUGAUUGAUGAUGUGCAAGCUAAAUCUUUUGAUCAGUGGUUUAAGAUUGGGUUUAAUGAUAAAAACAAAGUGAAGAAGUUUAAAGAAUGUCAUAGGAAGCUUAAGGUUCCAUUGGAUUUUGUGGUUUGUCAAAUUGAUGAUAAGAUGUGGUUCUAUGAUUUGCUUACUGUUGGGAAGAACUUGUCAUGCUCGCAUAUUGAUGUUUGUUUCUACUAUUUGAGAAAGAAGUUAAAGUAUGACCAGUCUGUGAAAAUUUCUGGUAAUACUACUGAUUGCUUCUUUGCUUCUCAAAUUUUUGAAUUAUAUAAUGAGUUUGUUGCAAGUGGUGAAAAUGUUGAUUCGGUUAAGAAGGAUUCUAAGGCAGCUGCAUACAUAGCGGGUUUUUAUAUGUUAUGCA